AUGCCCUAUCCCUGGAGGCGUUUAGGGCCAGGUGAAUGGGGUCCCGGGCAACCUGAGCCGGUGGAUGGCAACCAGCCCAUGGCAGGGGGUUGGAACCGGGCGGUGGACUUUAAGGUCCCUUUCAAGCCAUUCUAUGAUUCUGUGACGAUGAUUACUGCAUGCAGGGUCAUGGCUAUUCAGGACGACUCAGUGCGGCACAUCGCUGUGCAGGUCACGAUCGCGCUGGAGGGUCCUCCAGCAACACGCGCUCCAGCCCCACACCUCUCACAUGCCUCCACUUUGAACAGAGCCCGCGGCUGCCGGGGCAGGGAGAGCCGGGCAGGGAAGGGCCGGGCAGAGCCUCCCCGGCCGCCACCCCCCCGCCCCGCCGCCGCCCGCCCGCCUGCCCAGCCCGCCCCGCGCCGCCGGGUCUCGGUGGAGGCCGUCGGGGCUAUGGGCGGCGCGGCGCUGAGCGGAGCGCUGUGCCUGGGGCUGCUGUGGCGGCUAUGGGCCGGGGCCGACGGGAGCUGCUCGGAGCGGUGCUGCCAGGGCCGGGACGCCGCGUGUGUCAGCAGCGGCUGGCGGGAGGACGGGGGCUACGGGAGCUGCUACUGCGACGGAGGAUGCCGGCGCACCCGGGACUGCUGCCACGACCACAGCCAAGCGUGCCCGGCUCAUCCAUGCAUCGUGGGGGAGUGGAGUCAUUGGAGUGGCUGUGCUGAACAAUGUAAACCCAGUCUGCGAAUACGUAGGCGCUAUGUGCAGCAGGAACCUACAAAUGCUGGGGAACCUUGUCCUGCUCUGGAGGAGAAGGCUGGCUGCUUGGAAUACCUGACUUACCAGGGGCAGGACUGUGGACAUGAACACGUUCCCGCUUUCAUAACUACCUCUGAAUAUGGUAAAGAAAGAAAACUGAGAGCAGCAUCAUCCCCCUGGCCCUCUGACAAAGAAACUGGAUACUGUGUAGAAUUUAAAACAGAAUCACUUUCCCAUUACUGUGCUUUGGAGACUCGGCCGUAUGCUCGAUGGAUGCAGUACCUCCGAGAAGGACAUACUGUUUGUGUAGCUUGCCAGCCUCCAGCUAUGAACACUGACACACACCGCUGUUCCGGAGAUGGCCAUAAUGCAGAUGGAGGUAAAAUCUUACACUGGGAAGCAGUUGGCAACUCUCGGUGCCAAGGAACCUGGAAGAAGAUUCGGCAACUGGAGCAGUGCUCGUGUCCCCUUGUGCACAGUUUUAUUUUUACGUAAGAGUUAAAAAGACCUUUAAACAGCAUCAGGAAAAAAGAAUUGAGAAAAUUAGCACAAGUGCCAAGAAACCUACAUCUUUGUCUGUAUUUUGUGGAGACUGAAUGAACUCUAAAGCGGUUAAGCCUCUGGAACAAGCAUUUUUGGGUAUUCUUUUUGUCUUAAUAGUAAACACUAAGACUGACAAUUGUAUUAGAGUGCUGUAAGCAAAUUUCGCAUUUCUCUUGUGAUUAAAGAGGAAACAUUUCUAACUGUAGUAGCUUCUUUUCCUAAGGUUUUUGAUCUUUACAGGCUAUGCUCCUGUGUACAGGCAUUGAUCCUAUUCAGUAGUGAGCCAGCCAAACAUUCUCAAGUCUGGAAAUAGUUACUGUCAUCAUUAAGUUGUAAUGGGUGAAUAAAAAUGAAAGUUUGAGAGCUAAAA